ACAACUAAGAAAUGAGUUCACAACCAAAUUUAACUCCACCAGGAAAUUCAGCCCCAAAAAAAACGGUUCGCAAGAUCCCCGAGGAGUCCUCAAUAUCCACUGUCCACCCGGUGGCCACAUCUACACCAACUUAUAUGACACGCAACCGCCAAAGGCUUCUAUCGCUCCAGAUGGAUUCUAAUGCAUUCAUUUCGAAAAAUUCGUCAUUGGUGGAUCCAAUUCCACCCACGUUCGAGCAUAUUCGUGGCCGAAAGGAUAUUCACGAUCCUAGUACUCCAAAAACUCCUAUAUUCCCAAGGACUAGAUCCCGGAAUUUACCAAAUACUCCAGUGCGUGUUACCUCAAAUAAAAAUACCCCUAAGCCGAAGACACCGGCUCAAAAAAAGAAAACUCCUGCAAAGACGCCAAAAAAGACUCAAAAAACUACGCAAAAUAUUGCAGCAUUAAAUUCACCGCCAGCAGUGGAAUCACACAUUGAUUCAACCGAGAUGUCACUGAAAAUUCUGCCAAAGAACUCAUCAGAAAAAUCAAUUAUAUUACCAGAAUCACAAAUGGUGUCCCCAUCGAAACCUUCGAAAGAGCUAUCAAUUGAAGAACCAGUGAAGUUGCCAACGAUAUCAUCAAAGAUGUCAUUAAUGAUUUCGUCGAUGAAGUCUGCACUUAAGCGAAAGAUGUCUCGUGAAGUAAAUUCACCUGAAGAAGUAUCCAAUAGGGAAAAUUCCGCUGCAGAAGAUAGUUCGGAGUCGCCUUUAAAAAAGGCUCGUCUCAAUAUAUUCCAAGUUAAUUUGGGAUCACCAUUCUCCAUGAUACGCUGCAAGAAACUUAAAUCAAUCGCAGUAGAUGAAAAUCAGGAAUCAUAUGAAGCACCUCCUGUUAAUUUAGGCCAAAUCAACACAAGUAUGGGCAUGGAGUCCACUGAAACCACCAACUGUUGUACAACAAAGAAAGCAAGGAUUAACCAAUUAUGUUUUAUUUCGUAA